AUGGGGAAAAUGGCUAAGCUGCUCACAUUUGAGCAGGUAACAUAGGGUGGAAAAUAUCCUAUGAUUUUGGAAAGGACUAUUCUCCAAAGAGUACCUGAAGGAAAAGAAAUAGACCCAACUGAAUAUGAACAUCUACUAUUAGACGGAGUCACCGUUCCCGAUAUAUUUGAGCAUGACAGAGAGUUUUUAGAAUAGUUCAUAAAUGUUACUUCUAUCUCAUUCAACUCCUGUUGCUUGAAAAGUUUGACUUAAUUUCCAAAGCUAGAUAAAGUUAUUAAAAUUGAAUUGCAAGACAAUAAAAUCCAAAAAGGUUUGGAGAUCUUAAUUGAAAGAUGCCCAAAUGUUGAAAUUUUGAAGCUUGGAAAUAAUUAGAUUAAUUCAUUGAAAGAAGUAUAGAAAUUAGGACCUUUAAGAAAUUUGAGACACUUAGACUUAAUUGGAAAUCCAUUAUGUGAAAUUAUUAACUACACAGACAAAAUAUUUUAGGUUUUACCUGAUUUGCAUAACUUAGAUGGCCAAGAUUAAGAAGGAAAUGAAGUGAUCACUGAUGAAGAAGAUAUUAACGAGGAGAACGAUUUAGAUGACUAUGGAGAUGAAUAAGAUAUGAUAGCUGACGGUGUGCUGCAAGAUUAGAAUGAUUAAGACAGCGGAAGUAAUGGAGAAGACGACCAAGAUGAAAAGGAUGGCGAUGAUGAGGAGGAAGAUAAUGAUAGCUAUGAAGAUUAAAAAAGUAGUGAAGAGUCAGAUCCAGGUGAUGAAGGCACUGAGGAUGAAGAGGAAGUUACGAGAAUAUAAAAACUCAACUAAAGAGAUAGUUAAGAAGAGCGAUUAGAGCAAGAAUAAAAAUUAACAUACAAAAAAAUGAAAAUGCUUGAAUAUUCAUCAGGAAGUGAUUAAGAUGAUGGCGAGCAUAGUGAAAUUAUUAAUCUCGGAAAAAGAAAAGCAAGAGCCCUAAAGAGUUGUUUUCCAUUGGAUAAAAGACUCUGCACUGAUGACUUUUGA